UAUGUGUUUGUUUUACAUUUCAGAUCAACACCAAUGGGUUCGUUGCCAUGGCAGAGCCCAGUGCUGAGUCCACAUACCUUGGUAAGAUGCCCGCCGGGUUCGGCAUGAUCGCGGCCCUGCACGGCGACCUGGAUACUGGUGACGGCGUGGGUAAGGUGUACUAUCGUCAGGACUCCAGCCCAGCCACCCUGCGGCAGGCUGCAGAGCAGAUCAACAGGGCUUUUCCAGAGGACGAUGAGGUGGAGCCGGAACACACGGUGGUCGUCACCUGGGUAGAUGUGGCUUCCAGUCAACACCAUGACCACAGCAGAGGAGACGGACUGGAGAAACAGAGGAAUAGCUUCCAGCUGGUGAUCGCGUCAGCUGAGACCACCUCCUACGCCAUCCUGCUCUACCCCAGGAAGGGCAUGCAGUUUGCCUCCACAGCUGUAGGAGGCAGUAGUCAGGCCAUGCAGGCGGGCUUCAGUCAAGGGCUGGUUAACUACCUGGUGUUCAGCACCCGACAGGGACCGUACUACCGCAUCACCACCGAGAGGGAGACCUCUGUCAGGGCGCUAGCAGAGGAGACCAACUCAGGUAAGCGAGGCGUGUGGGUGUACGAGAUUGGGACUUCCCCUUACUUCACCAGCGUGGCCCCAGGAGAGGUGACAGACCUGCCCCCAGACACAGGCCUGGAGUCAAGGGUCUCGGAGGAGGCUACCUCAAAGAGGUAUCCUGCAGGAGGGCAGCGGGUGACGUAUUCUCCCUACGAACCGGAGGAGGAGGUGUACCGCAAGGAGCAGCCUCACCAGGGACCUCACCACGGGGGCCAGUUCACAGUCCACACGGUCCAGUACCAGCCUCAGGUGGUGGUAGUAGAUGAUGGAGACAUCAACGUGGAUGUGUUCUCCUACAACUCUGAGACAUGUGCCAACAACAGAAACAAGUGUUCCACCUUCGCCGACUGUAAAGAUUACGCCAGCGGUUACUGUUGUCACUGCCGGCCCGGCUACUACGGCAACGGAAUACAGUGCGUGUCAGAGGGUAAGCCCCAGAGGAUGAACGGCAAGGUGAACGGCAGGGUGUACGUGGGCAACUCUCCGUCUCCCGUCGAGUUCAACAGCAACGACCUGCACUCGUACGUGGUAGCCAAUGACGGCCGAGCAUACGUGGCCAUCAGCACCAUCCCUGCCAGGCUAGGCCCCUCCCUCCUGCCUCUGUCAGCCCUGGGAGCAGUCAUCGGAUGGGCCUUUGCCCUGGAGCAGCCUGGAUACAAGAACGGAUUCAGCAUCAUCGGUGAAACCAAGUCUACCUUGACGAAUUGUCCUAGAAUUUUUGUGCUCUUGAUUAAUAAGCUAACACAGUGGUUUUCAAACCUCUCCUCGAGGGAUCCCCCAGACAUUAUCGUGGACUGGUUCUGCAUAUCUUCCUCUGAUGCUGGUGGUUCUCCUCUCUGUACGGUGAUCACGUCUUCCUCUAUCAAGGGACACACUGUGAGUCUGGAUGAUGGCUCUCUUGAGACAGACGUACCAGUGGAGGCAGACCAUCACCUUCCAGAGCUGUCACAUGACGAGGGCAGGGCGUGCUGCCGCACAAGCUGUGUGUGUGUGAUGCUGAGCGUGGACCAGGUGUUUGUGAUGUACGACUCCACAGACGCGCUUGAUCCGAUACGCCAUGAGCAACAGGUCGGUGAUGUCAACGGAGGCCAGCAGAAAGAGGAGAAUUCCUGUUUCACUGGGAGACACGGCUGUGACACAAACGCUGUCUGUAGACCCGAACAGGGGACACAGUUCACCUGCCAGUGUGCUGCUGGCUUCACUGGAGAUGGACGCUCCUGUUACG